GGCGGUAGUAGGCUACAUACCGUCUGUGAUCAGCAUAUGUAGUCAACAGAAGAAGAAGAACAAGCUCGUCCUUGAGAGAUCUAGCAGGCAAGAUGGUCGCAUACUGGAGACAGGCAGGCUUGAGCUACAUUCGCUUCUCGGCGAUUUGUGCCAGCGCCGUUCGGGCAGCAUUGAAACCUCAGGUGAAAGCCGAGGCCCUGAAAGCUGCGGAAGCUAAUGUCAGAGUACUUCGGCCAAAGACCGCAUGAGUCAUGAUCACCUGAACCCUUGAUGUGUUCCCAAGGAACUUAAGCUGUAUGAUGACCUCUAGCGUUCAACUUUCCUCAACGUGUCUGUAAUCCACAUAAAGGAUGGAAAAUAUGCUCAUUCUCAAGUCCCCACCAUCUGAAAAACCUAAUUAAAUGUAUUGGUUGUUAGUUA